CUCUUUUACGAGGUUAUAUUUGGGGAAAGCCAACGGUUGCUUUUUCAAAUUGGGAUGUUCAGGAUUUUAAGCUCCAGUACAGUGUGAUUACGAUCCGCCUAGGUUAAUGGCAAGGAGACGAAAACCAAACAGAAGGAAACCAAUGGGGGAAAAGGAGGUGAUAGAGAUAUCACCUUCACCGGCAGUCAAAGAUAAGUGGUUACAAAACCUGAAACGUAAACAGGAGAAGGAAGAGGAGGAUGGGAGUCCCCUGAGACCCAUAUUUUGUUUGAAGAAGAACAUGGACAUGAAGCGCAUUGAGGAGAUGGAGGAUUGCUUUAUUCUUGAUUUUAACCCUUUCGAUUCAGUUGAUAUUGCCAUGCUGUCCGCCACCAACGACGGCGAUGAUGUUGAUCUCUCUGUCGUGGCUGAGAAGGGCCAGUUGGCUUGUAGAGAUUAUCCACAUUCAAGGCAUCUUUGUCUGCAAUUUCACUUUGAUGCUACACCUCACGAGCGACAUUGUCACCAGUGUUACUGCUAUGUGUGUGACUCAGCUGCUCCGUGUGGGAAUUGGAUGACACAUUGUCAUGCUUCAGAGCAUGUUGAUGAUUGGAAGUUUCAAAGAAAAUCGAGACUGAAAGUUCGGCCUUCUAAAUUAUGAAGAUGCUCUCCAUUCUAUGCCUGGGUUCCUUCAACACCCCGCACUCAUGCUUAGGGUUUGGUUUUUGCCCACACUAGAAAUAGGCUUCUGGUAUGCCAUGUCAAUGUCUAAACAGAGAUGGGUACUAUUUUAGGUGGUUUAAAAUGUUAUAUUUUGUAAAGGAUGGACAAAAAUUUUGUAUAGUGCAUGAAACACAAGUACUCAUUUUGAAUUAAGGAAUUUCAUUGUUAAAUUGUGGUUGAAGAAUUCGACCACAAAGCUCUAUUAUUUCUUUAA